GUCAAUUUUAAAGUGCAUGCAUGCUACUUUUUGAAAUUUUAUAACUUAGAAAAGAAAAAAAUGGUUCUAAAAAAUUUCUAAACCCAUAAACCCAAAGGCAGUUAAUCGGGUGCUUCAUUGUCAACCCGUCUGUCCGAGACUUGGCUGAAUCGAGUAGCGAGCAGACCUUCAGCAGAUCGAUCUUCUUCAUCUGAUCUCUCAUGGCUCCAUCGGCGAAACCCAUCACUAGUCCUGUUCCUCAAUCGCUAUAUCCAACCCUAGCUUUUAUGCUCCUUGUUUUUGGACUAAUUUUCACCGCCUCCUUUUUCAUUUAUGAAACAACUUCUUCUAGGAAGAACCGGAGUCUUGCCAAAGAACUUGUUACUGGAGCCAUUGCUUCUGUUCUCUUGGGCUUCGGGUCCUUAUUUUUACUGCUAUCAACUGGUGUUUAUGUCUGAUUAGUGCGAACUCUGUACGUCACUAUAGAGUAUUGCUCGGAUUGACGAUGUUUUGACUUUUUUAGUUUGUGGUUAUGAAGUAUGAAUUAUAGUUAAGUACUGUGUCACUGUUUCCAUCAUCAAUUAGGUAGCUCAGUAAUGCUAAGUAGUAAUUACCAGAGGCUGUACUUGAUGAGAUUAUUCUUAUCACAUUUAAGAAUUUGAAGAAAUUCAUUUACUAAAUGAUGGAUGGCCAAAAGAAACUUCAGAAGUCAA